AAGAUUUGUUGCCAACCUCAGAGUGCUGUUUAGCAACAAAUAUUUCACUCUUCCGAUUUAAAAAAUUCGAAAUAAAAAGAUAUGUUGCUGAUCCUUGGCAUAGCCGGAGGCCUCUCGAUCAUUGCCAACGUGGCUGUGGUGGUCGUAUUAGCCGUUUCAUCUUUGGUGACGAUCGUGUACCAUUUCUGGCCUUUGGUGGCGGUGAAGAAUGUCCCUCGAGGAUCCUUCGGAUGGCCGCUUCUCGGCGAAACCCUCUCCUUUUUAAAGCCUCACUCCUCCACCUCAAUUGGUGCCUUUUUACAAAACCAUUGCUCUAGGUAUGGGAAAGUGUUCAAAUCCCAUCUCUUCUUCUCUCCCACAAUUGUUUCAUGUGACCAAGAGCUGAAUUACUACAUACUACAAAACGAAGACAAAUUGUUCCAAUGCAGCUAUCCUAAACCGAUUCAUGGGAUUUUGGGGAAAAAUUCAAUGUUAGUAGUUGUUGGUGAGACGCACAAGCGCCUAAGGAACGUCGCCGUUUCACUCGUGACAUCCAUGAAGUCGAAACCCGAGUUCUUGAACGACAUCGAGAGGACUGCCACGCAGAUUCUUGAUUCGUGGAAGGACAAGAAUCAAGUACUCUUUUGUGAGGAAGCUAGGAAGUACACAUUCAAUGUGAUAGUGAAGCAAGUGCUAGGACUAACACAAGAUGAGCCACAAACAAAGGAAAUUCUUCAAGAUUUUCUCACAUUUAUGAAAGGCCUCAUUUCUUUGCCUAUCUACAUUCCUGGCACUCCAUACGCAAGAGCUGUUCAGGCUAGAAUUAGAAUAUCUUCAACUGUCAAAGCAAUCAUAGAGGAAAGAAGAAGAAGUAAUAUUAAUGGUUGCAAAAAGAGUGAUUUUCUUGAGAUUCUACUAUGUGUAGAAUCCUUAUCCCAAGAUGAAAAAGUUAGCUUUGUGUUGGAUUCUCUUCUUGGUGGGUAUGAGACCACCUCACUUCUUAUGUCCAUGGUCGUGUUCUUUCUCGAUCGAUCCCCUGAAGCCGUCCACCAAUUAAAGCUUGAACAUAAUAAAAUAAGAAGCAUGAAGACAAAGGAUGAAUUUCUGAACUGGGAAGAUUACAGAAUGAUGGAAUACACACAAAAUGUCAUAAGUGAAGCUCUGAGAUAUGGAAACAUUGUUAAAUUUGUCCACCGAAAGGCAAUCAAAGAUGUCAAGUUUAGAGAUUAUAUAAUUCCAGCAGGUUGGAAGGUCCUACCUGUUUUCUCUGCAGUUCAUCUUGACCCCUCAAUUCAUGCAGAUGCUCUUCACUUUGAUCCCUCCAGAUGGCAGAAACAAGAUCAAACAUGCAAGAAAUUUACUCCAUUUGGUGGAGGGUCAAGAUGUUGCCCAGGUUUCGAAUUAGCAAAAGUUGAGGUGGCAUUUUUCCUCCACCAUCUAGUUCAAACUUAUAGAUGGGAGGUGGGAGAGGGCGAACAAACUUUGGCUUAUCCAUAUGUAGAGUUUGAAAGGGAACUCAAGAUGAAUGUGCAUCGUUUGUAAACUUAUUUAUGGAGUAAUAUAUUAGGAUGUGUUGAGUUUGUAAUUUUCUCCUAUACCUAUGAGUCAUAAUAUAUAGCCCACUCUACACUAUUACAUUCAA